AUGCUCUCUUCCAACAGUCCUACAAGGUUCUCUCCACUCUUUGCCCAACAAGAUAAGAUGUCUGAGCUCAAGAUAGCAAAGAUAGACGUCUUCAAAGUCGACCUCCCUUACUCAGGGGGUGUUUACUACCUGUCGGGUGGCCGAGAGUAUAGGAGUUUUGACGCAACCAUUGUCCGAAUCACCACAAGUACUGGCAUCGAAGGAUGGGGCGAGAGCACCCCUUUCGGGUCAACUUAUAUCGCCUCUCAUGCUCUUGGCGUGAGAGCAGGUAUCGCUGAGAUCGCUCCCUGUCUGAUCGGCUUGGAUCCAAGGCGAGUUGAUCGAAUCAACGAAGCCAUGGACUCUGCUCUGAUCGGCCACGAGCACGCCAAAACUCCUAUCGACAUUGCCUGCUGGGACAUUUUCGGCAAGUCAGUGGGAAUGCCUGUUUGCGAAUUGCUUGGUGGCCGCACUGAUGUUGGUCUGCCUAUCAUCUCGUCAAUCUACAUGGACGAACCCGAGGAUAUGCGAAAGCGUGUUGCAGAGCAUAGAGCACGGGGAUACAUCGGACACUCGGUCAAGAUCGGCGGAGAUCCCGCUGAAGAUGCUCGGCGAAUAACUGCCUCGCUCGCUGAUAAGCAGCCCGGGGAGUUCUUCCUGGUAGAUGCCAACGGUGGAAUGACAGUUGAAAACGCCCUUCGGAUGUUAAGGCUCCUCCCGCCGGGCUUAGACUUUGUACUCGAAGCUCCAUGUGCCACAUGGCGUGAAAUCGUCUCUCUUCGUCGAAGAAGCAACGUGCCUAUUCACUUCGACGAGCUCGCCACCACAGACGCAUCGAUAAUCCAGAUGAUAGCAGAUGACGCGGCCGAAGGCUUUGGGAUCAAGAUUUCCAAGAACGGCGGUUUGACCAAAAGCCGACGACAUAGGGACAUUGCUCUUGCGGCAGGCUACACCAUGAGUUGUCAGGAGACCACCGGGUCGGAUAUUGCUUUUGCCGCAAUCGUCCAUCUUGGGCAAACUAUUCCGGAGAGGAAUCUCAGGUGUAUAUUGGAGUGUAGAGAUAUGGUUACCGUGAAGACAGCGGACGGGAACUUUGAGGUUAGGAACGGGAGGGUUCAUGCACCAAAGGAGCCGGGAUUGGGGGUUACGCCUCGGAUGGAUGUCUUGGGUGAUCCUGUUGCUAGUUACUCCUGA